UCAAGUGGGAGCUUCGGUUGAUCAGCCUUUGGAUAACCGGGGACAGGAAGAUAAAUUUGCUUCUGGGUCAGAAGUUGAUACUGUAAUCCCUUCUGUGCAAAGAACAUGUACGAGUAGUGUUUUGAUAGAUGAUCAACAUUCCACACAUUUGAAAAAUGAUACCAUUGAUAAAAAUGUGGACAGUUUAGAGAGAGAAAAUGUAGGUUUAAGUCUUGAACAUAACAUUAGUGGUAGGAACUUGAUUGAUGAUACAAUUGCAAGUGUUACCUCUCAUGUGGAGAUGUAUUCAGCUUUGGACAUGCAAUAUAGGGAAGAACAUGCUAUUGGAAACAACACAACUAACAUGGAUGAGCCUUCUGAUAAGAUAUUGAAAGGGAGUUCUGACCCCCAUGUGGUGGAAGAAUGCAGUGAGGGUGUGGGUGUAGAAAUGCCUCUGCAGACUAGCAAGUCUGAAGACAUUGUCUUGUCAGAAGGAAAGCUACAUGACACAUCAUCAAUGCCAAUUAUUGAUAAUACCCUCAAGGUGCAUGAAAAUGAGGGUAGCAAUAUUGAUACUGUAAAUUGUACGGGUCUAGAGUCUAAGGUGAAUUUAUAUGUGAAGGUAGCAUCUGAUGCUAUUGAGGGCUUGUUAGAAAGUGGUUGCUACCCAGAUAAAAAAAAUCUUGAGCAGCAAGUCUGAGAAAUCUUUGUUGUCAGUGGAAGAUGGUAAAGGUUCUAAGGAUGAUAAAGGCUCUCAUGUUACUUUGGCAGCUGAACCCAUGAGGGUAUGUGAAAAGUACAUCACCACCAAACAUAGUGAUGAUCAUAAAUGUGAUGAGAGUGCUUCAGCUGCUGCAAAGCAGGAAACCAAUUUGCCUUCUGAUUGUAGUAGUGCAGGUUGUUGUGAUGAUGGGUCCCCACUUGUAACAAAGGUUGUUGAUUCCUCAUCGUUCGAUGCAGGUGGCAAGGUGAAUGAAUUAGUUUCAAACCUACAACCUGUUGU